UGGAGUACUUGCACUGUUGCAGUCUUCUCCCACUAGUACAUCUCCCUCGAACAUGAAUUUGCGCGUCUUCCUGCCCUGCCUGUAGCGAUAGGCCUCCCCGUACCACAAUGGGUAAUCACCCCGAGAGCGACAAGGCGCUGCGCUACAUUGCCCAGCUCGACGAUGCGCGCUGUGCCGCGCGGUGGAGCGAUGUUCCUGAGCUGUGCAGGAAGGUCGAGAAACAUGCGCCGCACCGCCAAUGCCUCACCAAAACAGCACGCGCCGAAGCGCAGAUAGUCAAGUACAGCACCCAGAGACCCUCGACCGCGUCGUCGACCGCUUCCUCGGGCCUGUCCACCGUCAUACCCACGCUGCUCACCGCCAUAGACGACGAGGGCGACCACGUUCAGGAUGCAUUUCAGGCCACCGUCUGCUUAGCAUGGCUACACUAUGUACUCGACGAACCCGGCCUGGCCGUCGCGCGUCUGCCCAAGGACAUGGCGGCAGUUGCGACCAAGAUGCAGGAAACAACCCCCACCAAUUGGACACGCGUGUGCGUUGUCAAGGGCGCCUUCCUCAAAGGCUCGUCACACGAAAAGACUGACUCGCCAGAAGAAGCCGUCACCUCUUUCGCAUCAGUUCUGCCGUGGCUGUCCACCAACUCCGCUGCCCACGAGACGCCACAGUUCAGGAUGUGGACCGAGCAUCUUCUCGUGCGUCUCUGCCACUUGUCCAAUCAGUCUUUGGGUGGUUCAAACUACACGGAUCUCGCAGAUGCUCUUCAGGCGUUCCGCUUCUGGGCCAAAUACUGGGAAACUACAGCAAAAGGCGGUGGGAGCGAGGGUGCGAACGCGGCCACGUACCGACGCCAGGCAUGGAAAGCAUACUACGACACCCUCUCAGCCAUCCUGCGCCAAGACGUCCCCUACGAUUCUGGGUCGGAAUACGCAGAUCAUGCGACGGAAAAGGCACCCGCGCUACCACACUCCAGGCUCCAGCAGCGUGCCGAGCUGAAGAAGGUCGAGACGAUUUACGAAAGCUUGCUGUUGAAGGAGACUCAUUUCCCCAGAGCUAGCGACAGUAACACUGAAAUCGAACAAUGGGUCGACUCCGCCAUCGACAACUGGCGAGUCUUUUGCGGACCCUCUUGGACUGAUGCAGACCUAGGCGCUGGCGGUAAGGAAGCUGUCGGCAGAUGCAUGUUAGACGUCCUCUACAGGGCGGCCACGAAGACUUUCCACUCCACACAGAUUCUGCGCCACCUCUUUGCCGUUCACGCGGCUCUUGCAGAUUUUGACCUCGCUUUUAAAGCCUAUGAUUCAUAUGUAGACAUUAUAACGCGUGGGAAGGACCGAGCGGAGAAGUCUGGAGAACGGGACGCCGGAGUUGACGACGACAGCACCGUUCUUAGGACGUCUGCGGAAGCGAUCAGAGUCUUAUGCCGCUUUGGCUCCCACGCAGAAUCUAAGAAAGCCUUGGAGAUCGGCGAAACUAUCGAGAAAUGGCUUGAACAAAGCGAGCAUACUGGUCUGACCGCGUCUGAAGCAGGUUCCACACGAUCAAUCGAGACGAUCGUAGAGCCACGUUCCCUUGCUAUUGCAUACUGUGCAAUUGGCAUCAGCUUGGCUCAAUGGGCGCGUUUCACCUACGAAGCAGACGCUCGUGCUGGCAUCCAAGCGAAAGCUGUGUCCUAUCUCCGAAAAUCACUCGCGCCGAAACUAGGAGAGUCGAACAACCUGGAGGCGCUGUAUGCCCUGGCCCUGGUAUUGGCCGAGACAAGGGACAUACCUGGAUCUGUCAAAGCCGUUAAGGUGGCUCUUUCCCCUGCAACGAAGAGUAAGGCGUCCACCAGUGCUGAUGGCGUAAUAAACCCCGGAUCCGCGAUAGAGUUUGGACGAGAGCGAAAACUGAUACCGUUUUGGCAUCUGCUGGCGCUCCUGUUGACUGCGCGGUCCGAUUUCCCUGCUGCAGAGCAAGCCUGCGAAGCAGCCUUUGAACAAUUUGGAGAUCCUUUCAUCCUAUUCGGCAAGGAUGACGCCGAAGGGUACCGCAGCGAACAUCUUAACGAAGCCAAUGGCAAGAGCGAGCGGAGUUUUGGUAUUGUUGACCGAAUGGAACGUUUCGAGAAGACCGCAGUCCUUGAAAUCAAGAUGACGCAGCUAGCUCUGGUGGAAAUUGUAGAUGGCUCUCAUCUUGCAGUAGAUGGAUGCGAUGAGCUCCUCGCUCUAUACGCACGACUCUUUGGCGAUCCCGCUGCCGAAAAGAUUCCACCGAAGCCGGUCACGAUGGCACCGCCGAAAAGUUCAGCAGGCACGAUUCGAGGCAGCAUAUUUCGAUCAAAAGGCUCUGUCAAAAGCCCGUUGAAGAAUCACACUGCACAGCACUCUUCCCUCUCAAGUUCUGACGCGUUAGCAGCGGUCACGCAAACGUCUCAAGCACCUACCAUUCAAGUCACUGAUGAAAACACAAACGGCAAUGCAAAAGAACAUCAUCACCAUCACCUACUGCCUCACAGGCAUCGCGAUGAUCACUCUAGUGUACAAAGAAGUCCCAGUAAAUUGCGGAAAAAAAGUGUCAGUAGCUUGAAUAGGCGAUCUGAGAUGGAUGGACAACAAGAACCCGAAGUACCCCAAUUGCUAGACGGGGCUGCUGACAGUACACCGGCUCGAAACAGCACUGUGCGCAGUAGAUCGGCCCGGCGCUCUUCAAUCUCGAGCUCAAACCGUAGGUCUGUCAGCAAUGAGCGCUCGCUGCGACCUAUACCACACAACAUGUCGCCCACAGCAGAGCCGCCGCCUUCCGGUCACACCAGUCAGCCACCCAAGCAAGACACACGGCUACCUGCGCCAUUUCCCAACCCGGGCUAUAUCCCGCCGGAGCCCCACUUCUCCAAGAUUCAGGAACGCCGGCAGAAAGUUUCAUUAUUGGCUUCAAUAUGGUUGUUCAUUUGUGGCCUCUAUACGCGAGCGGACAUGCACGAAGAUGCCAAUGAUGCUGUGAACGAAGCUCAAAAGCUCGUAGAAAUCUUUGAGGCCGAGGUAGCCCAGGAAACCUCGUCCAGUAAAGGUUUUGCAGAAAGAGGAUGGGGCGGUGGCAAGAGUGUAGAAGAGCUUUGGGGUGAUGUCUACGCUGCGCGCGGAGAAUUGUUUUCAGCCCAAGACCGAAAACACGAUGCGCGUGACGAGUUUGAAAGAGCGGUUCAGCAUUUCCCAGAUCAUCCGCAAGCCAUUGUCGGACUCUCUAAUAUUCUGCUUGACAUAUACUGCAAAGUCAUCCCAAUGGAGCGGACAUCCAGUCUAGAUGGCCCCGCGCCACCACCUAUCCCUUCGAUCGCAAACUCAAAGGAUUCGCCAACGCCACAUAUGACUGCACACACACCCUCGGCUGAGAACCAGCUUUCGCCACCCGAGCUCAGUCGCCUUGCUGCUCGAGAUCGUGCCUUUGGUCUCCUUUCAAUCUUGACAAAACGCGGUGCUGGGUGGGACUAUUCCGAAGCGUGGUAUGCGCUGGCCCGCGCGUACGAAGAAAGCGGUCAAAUAGACAAGACGAAGGAGGUACUUUGGUGGUGUGUAGAACUGGAAGAUACACAUCCGACGAGAAGCUGGAGGAAUGUGACUUUGGGUGGGUUUGUGCUGUAGCUUUUUUGCUUUAUAUAGAGCACGUGUAUCCAUUUAGCAGCCCUUGAUACCCGGGGAGCAACCUAUCAGUAGUUCGGCGGGAAAUAGAUAUGUAAUGUGUCGAGUG